AUGACCACCGCAUCGAAACGGCGCUUCACCGAAGAAGAAGAUGUCAUGCUUCUUCGGGAAGUCAACGCUCGCAUGCCAUUUCGUGCCCGGCGUGGUGCUGUGAUGGACGCAUGGGCUGAAGUUGCUGCUGCACUGUUGUCCCACGAAGACUUCGACCGCUCUGUCUUUGACGCGAAACGGGCACACAAUCGUUUCACUCUGCUCCUCGAAGGCCACCGCGGUGACAACCGCGAAUCCAUGCGAGCUUCUGGGGUUGACGAAGAGUACAGCGAGAAGAUGCAGCUGUUGGACGAGCUGUUGUCGACGUACGACGACAACAAGGCUGAAAAGCGUGGUCGUCUUGAAGAGGCGCAGCGAGAGGCCGACCGCAUCGAAUCUCUCGGCAAGACGGUUCGUGAGGAAGCACUACAGUCACUGGGCAAAAGAAGAUUAGCUCAAGACGGCGAAGGAAGCAGUGGCGGUGGGGGCGGCAAGUUGUUCAAGAUUAUGUCGAUGAUACAGGACGACAACAAGGCUAAGCUCGAAAUUCGCAAAUUGCAGUACGAAAAAGAUCUGGAAGAGCGCCAAAAAGAUCGCGAUGUCUUAAUUGAACAGUCACGCAUGCAACAUGAAGCAAUGAUGAAUAUUCUAGCUGCUUUAAACAAAACAAAAUAG